AGUGGUCAAACGGACUUUCAUAUGUGCCUUUGCAGUCACAACUAUACAAAAUCCUAAGUUUUUCAACCUAAGAUGUGGUUAUACAUUCAAAAGUAGCAACCCUCAAUAAAUGUACAAUGUCGGACCGCAAACGAAGACGAGAGCACAGCGAGGACAAACGUGAACGAAAGAAACACAAGGAGACAAAACAAGAUGAAGACAAAUACAAGCACCAAACCAAAAAACUGAUCCAUGAGGUGCAGAAACUCAAGCAUGUGGAGACUUUCUAUGAAAAUGCUCCUCCUGGUUUUAUAAAGGAAGACACCGAGAAACCAGAGGACUGUAUUCCUGAUGACCCUGGUAAUGAGGAUGCCAGAAGCUUCUUGGCUCACGCUCCCACGAAAGGCCUGUGGAUGCCUCUGGGGAAAGAGGUGAAGGUCAUGCAGUGCUGGAGAUGUAAGAAGUACGGCCACAGAACAGGAGACAAAGAAUGUCCUUUCUUCAUUAAAGGCAACCAGAAACUGGAGCAGUUCAGGGUGGCUCAUGAAGACCCAAUGUAUGACAUCAUCCGAGAAAACAAGCGUAAUGAAAAAGAGACCAGGAUCCAGCAGUUAAAACAGCUGCUUCAAGACACAACCUCCGACUCAGACUCCACUUCAUCAUCCUCAUCCUCCUCCUCUGAUCACAGCCGGAAGAAGAAGAAGAAGAAGAAGGAGAAGAGGAAGAAAGAAAAGAAGAAACACAAGAAGAAAAAGAAGAAGCAGAAGGUCAGGGCCGGCAGUGACUCAGACUCCGACUGAAGCAGGACUCAACACUCUGUCUCAUAAAGUCUGCAGUGUCUGUCAGCCUAUCAGAGGAACAGAACAGGCUUCAUGCGUUCCCCAGGACAACUCGCA